CGCCAGUCGGACGCGGCGCGCCGCGCAGCCCGCACGCGAUGCGCGCCCUAUAGCGUAUUAUGUUCCUCCCCGACCUCCCGCGAGCCUGCAUGGUGGACGACGUAGCGACGUACCUGCAAGCGCCCUCCUCGGGACAGGACGAGUUCCAUCCGUUCAUAGAGGCCCUGAUGCCUUUUGUAAAGUCCUUUUCGUACACGUGGUUCAAUUUACAAGCGGCCAAAAGGAAAUAUUACAAAAAACACGAAAAACGGAUGAGUCUUGAGGAGGAGCGACACACGAAGUAUGAAUUACAGAACGAAAAAGCAGAAGUGAAACAGAAAUGGGCAUCGCGUCUGCUCGGGAAGCUAAGGAAGGAUAUAACGCAGGACUGUCGAGAGGACUUCGUGCUCAGCAUCACGGGAAAGCGGCCGGCCGUGUGCGUGCUCUCCAACCCGGACCAGAAGGGGAAGAUGCGGAGGAUAGACUGCUUGAGACAAGCUGAUAAGGUGUGGCGUCUAGACCUGGUAAUGGUGAUAUUGUUCAAAGCGAUACCGCUAGAGAGCACAGACGGGGAACGCUUAGAGAAGCACCCGGAGUGCACACAGCCGGGACUGUGCGUCAACCCCUACCACAUCAACGUCUCUGUGCGCGAACUUGACUUGUACCUCGCGAACUUCAUCAACAGCUAUGAUAUCCUAAGCGGGUCUCUCUCGCCACACCCCACUAGGGACAAAGAGAAUGAACACGAGGCUAAGAACAAAGGCUAUACCCAUAAUCCAUACAACGGUGUUAUUUGCAACGAUAUCAUUUUAGCGACCGGUGUCUUCUCUUCGAAGGAACUUUGGAAGUUAUCUAAAGCGUCCAUCCUGCAAGAGUCGGGCUCGGAGUCCCCGGGCGGCGCGGGCGGCGGCAUCAAGCUGGAGUCCUCGUACUACGGCUACGCGAGCCCCGCGCCGCCCGCCUUCGAGCCGCCCGCCGACCGCGCCACGCCCUCCGCCAUGCUGGUCUCGCAGUGCUUUAGCAUCCCGCACAGCUCAGCGGCGCCGCUCGUGCCCGCCAACACCAUCUUCUACCAGCACGCGCCGCCCGCCGACACGCACCCCACCGCGUCGGAGGCGCUGGGCGUGGCGCACGGCAAGUACGAGGGCGCGCAGGACUCGCUCGGGGACUUCGUCACCUUCGUGUGCCAGGAGCCGUCCGCCGACGUACAGCAGCUACAGGUUCAUAGUCUAUCGAGGAGCCCUAAGCCGGCGUACUUCAGCAGUUCGAUGCUCCCUCCACCACCUUUACCCCCAAUGGCGAGACCGGUCACUAUUAUUAGAUCUACAGCGAGCGAGGUGGGCGUGGGCGUGGGCGUGGGCGGCGGCGGCGUGGGCGUGGGCUCGCCCGCGUCCCCGGAGCUGCGCUCGCCGCCCGCGUCUCCGCGCCGCCGCUCGCCGCACUACCGCGACUGCCCGCCGCCGCUCUCGCACUACAACCACUACCACGCGCAGCCGCAGCAGUCGGACAGCGUUAAAAAAGCCCACGGCCAAACUCCCGACGCCUGGCGACCCGCGGGGGCUCCAGAGGGUUACGUCAGACUCCUACUGACUAAAAGCCAGCACGUAUCCGCUCCUGCGCAGGUGUUCAGCUACGGGCCGGCGGGCGGCUCGCCGCCGGGCGGGCUGGGCCUGUACGCGCCGCGCCCGCCGCCGCGCGCGCCGCACAGGUGGAACGCUCCAUUCCCAACGCUAGAGGAAGAAUUUAAUAUAAUGACUGCACCUACGGGACCUGACCACGUCGUACUUUUAGACGAUGAACGAUUCUUCCAAUCCAACGUGAUAACGUCUGAUGCGACCGCCAUGGACACGGGCGCGAGCGUUGGACAGGCGGUGGGCGUUGAAACGACUGAAGACAUCGCGCCCGACAAGCCGGCACCUGACUUGCGCUCGCCGUGACCACCCGCGUCCACGUCCGGCGAGCCCGAUGGUGCGGACGCGACUGUGCUCCGGUGGACUCCCGCGCCGUUGCCUCACUGGCGCCCAGUGACGCAUCGGACUGUUUGAAUUGCGUUCGAAAUUCAAAUGUUCAUUCUUUUCGUUUGACAAUAAUUUUCUACGUCCAGCGCUGGCUGAUUAUAAAUUUGAAAGUGGAACGAGGCUAGUGUAAAUAUGGCGUCGGCGAAGGUUGUAGUCGAAUUUUGAAAUCGCAUUCUAUCGGCUGUCGGUGUUCAGCGCGGUGACGUUGUAGCGACGUCCCGCGUGACGGAUACCACGGCCGAUGUGAGUUUUAUUUGUUCAUAGGUGAUGCGUGAAGCAAUACUCCAAUGAUAAAUAUGUAAAAAAUAUGAUGUUACGGAAAAUAAAAACAACAUAUUAUAUUCUAAUAUUUUUAUAGAAUAUAAAUCGAGUAUGAUAUGAUCAAGCCUUCCAGUAAUUUAGUGAAAUAAAAAAAAUAUUAAUGAUAAUUCAGCUUAUAAAUUAUUAUUUUGCUGACCUAUAAGGCAGUUAGAAGCGAUACGAAACCAUAUGCUUCCAAUACUAGCGUCAGAACAGGUUUCGAUUGACGAAAGUGUGAUAUUAUAAGUUGUUUUUUGUUUCGUUGUUGUGCGUUUUGUAUUGAAAAUAAAAUAAAUAGAAUAAGCGUAUAUAGUUUACAGAGAUUUUUUUAACUUAUUUAACGAAUAUAUAAGAAAGACGAGCCUUGCUUAUGAGAUUAGUUUAGUUGUAUAAUUAGAAGCCAAGUGCUGAUCAAUUUUAUUGUUGCGCUUUCGAUACGAAAUUUCAAUAAAACAUUUAAAUAAAUGGGUUAAAACUAGGUACGAAAGAAAGUUAUACGAGUAUAUUAUUAGAACUCAUCUUAUUUUACGGUUUAUAUUUAUACGUAACGGUUAAUAAUAAUUAAUUAGUUACAGCGAUGAUUGAUCAUUAAAAUUUGUAUAAAAGUUAAAGUGAUAAGGUCGCCUUAUGUUGUCAAUUAUGAAAGUUCGAAUCGAAAGGCAAUAAUAGUUGAAGUUUGUAGUUCGACAGUUGUCGAGAACAUUUUAUAGGUGCCUUUUAUAAAAAAAAAAACGUAUAUAACGACAUAGGAACUUUUAAAUUGUACUUUUUUUUUAUUAAUCCACCCACUUAUACCUACCGUGGACUCAUUCUUAACGUAUUUUGUAGCCAAAGAGUACCAAAGUAAUGACAGUAUACUUUUUGGUUCCAAAAUAUUAAAUUUUAUUUCUUUCAUUACACAUUAUUUAGCAAUCCGUGGCCAUACGUGAAAAGCUAGUCAUUAGAGUAACAAUGUAAAUUUAUUGUACUUAAAAAUAAAGAAUAUUUACAUUUAAUAUAACCCCUUACGUUUAUUAGUAAGGGUUGAAAAACUAAAUUUGUGGCCAAAUUACACUUAAUGAGAUCCAAAUAUAUAUACACGAUUUUUUAAUAGAUUUAGAAUUAUAAGUGUGGCAUGAUUAAGUUGAGUUUUGUAUUUUAAGUUACAAGUUUACGAUCGAAUGUACUUAAGUAAUAUAUUUGAUUGAUUCUUCUGCAAGAUAAAACAAAAUAAGACUAACUUGUACCAUCUGUAAGCUAUUUUGUUUUUGCAGAAGAAUAUUUAAAGCAUAAUAAAACAAAUCGACAUCAUUUCAAUGUUAUAUCGUAUGGUCUUUUGACGUUUUAAAUUUUUUUUCCUCAAUCUUUACGUGCCAUUGUUUUAGGUCAAAAAGCCAUUUGUUUAUUUAUUUCCGUUGCACUAUCGAUAAAAAAUAUGUAUGUAGGGAAUAGUAUAGGAAACGUAGCAAUAAAUGACAAGCAAUAAAUUAAAAAAAAGUAAUAUUAUAAUAAAUACAGCUUUAGUGAAGCUAGAGAUUGGUACUGAUCUAGAAUCCAGUUAUCGUAAAACUUGCGAUAUUUUUUUCUAUAGAUAAUAUGCCGAAGAACUGAGUUCUCGAUACACUAAAGCCGCGUUCCUAUAUUCAGAAAACGAUUUGUUUUGCUCACUAAAUUUCGAAUAUAACAUAUUCGUAUUUUUUAAAUUUCGAAUGCGAGAUGCUCGAAUUAUUUAAAUUUAGAACACUAAAUGUUCGAAAGUUUACGGUUAGCGAACAAAACGAAUCGUUUCUAAAUAUAGGAACCGGCAUAGUAAACUUUGAAGCGGUCUGGUACAAUACUUAGCUAUUUCACAGAAAAAAGUAAAUAUAGAUAUAUAAAUAUGCAAAUAUAGUACGACUAGGCGGACGGCGGAAAUUAGUCAAUUGCUAGCUAUAGACAUUAGAGGAUAUAGUACAGACAAAUUAAAUAGUAAACGACACUUAAGGCUUUUGAAUACAUUGGGACGACCGACACGAUUACGUCGUAUUAUAACCGACAAAUGGUGAUGAAUUUAAAAGCUAAUUGGUGCAGAAAAUUCUAGACUGUGAUUAAAUUGUUCAUUCUGGACGUGUCUUAUAUUGAAAUAGUUUUGUAUGAUUGGCGGUAAACGAUCGAGAACGGAGACGUUGUUGAAGACAUGUUGUAUGAAAUGCAUUUGUUAUGACAAACUUAGACAAGUUUAAACAUAAAGAUAUGUAAAAGGUUUUUUAUUGACAGCGUCAGUAGACUCAGUAGUGUUUUUUAUUAAUAGCUUUGCAAUAGAUGAUGUGCUUGCGACAGAAACGCGAUCUAACUGCCGCGAGCGAUUAUUCGGAGCGAUUAUCGCGCAUCUGUCGCGACAUAUUUUUGAUUUGACGUUCGUUUAGCACCAUUGUUACGAUAUGGAAUAAUAAUUGAAAGCCUAAACAUUAUGUGCCUUAGAUACAACAAUAUUGUAUAUUUAUGAUGCGUUCUAUACAACGUGCUAACUAGAAAUAAAUAAUUAUUGUUAUUUUUAAAUAAAAAGCCUCGUCCUUUAACUUCGUUGUUAGAAUUGUUUUACGCGAAGGCUUGUCUAUGGAUCUCCUAUUAUUAUUUUUUCGUCCCAAACAUGGCUAAUUUAAAAAAAAAUCUACCUAAAAAGGUAUUCGUCUUGUUUCUAUCCUUCCGUAUCCCGUCGGUAUCUACUCGUAUACUUCCAAAUUGAUCCGAACCGGGUAUUCGGGACCGGAUAUCCGGUUUAUUGAUUUCGAUUUUCGAAACCAGAUUAUAACUUUUAAUCCUCAUCUAAUAAUUAUUGUACGAUUAAGUAAAGCUUCUACGCGUAGUUUCGCUGGUAUAUAAAAUACUUCUAAUAUAUUACAUAUAAUUUUAGUACUUACAUACAUUAUACCUACUUACGUACCAUUAUGUAAUUUACUGUCAUGUAUAUCUUACUCUACGCGAAGCUUAGGCUCGCUGUUGAUUUGUGAGAAAGUAGCUGAACCUUCAAUUCUGGCGUCGCUUCUUAUCGUUAAUAAUCGACCGCAUUAUGUCAUUUUGUAAUUUAUUUUCAUCCUAAUUAUAUUUAUAUAUAAAUGUAUGAUGUAACUAAAAUCCGUCUUAACUAAGUUUCUUUGGAUUACUUAAUUGAAAUAACAUACGGAACUAAAUUGUAAUUGUAAAGAUAAAUUAUUAAUCAAUAGAAAAUUUAACUCAUAGUUACGAUUUAUUUAGUUCGUCGGAAGCGAUUUUCGAUUUUUUUUUAUUAAAUUAAUUUAGCGAAUUUAUUAAUUAAUUUUUUAGUAACGAUUGUGUCCAUGACCAUGAUUGUCUGUAAAUAUCUUCCGAAGUGUAAUUUAUAUAAUUUUUCUAUUUGUACAAUUAAGCUGUAGUGAACAAUUAAGAGUUACAAUGUCCUCGAAUUAUUUUACAAUUUUUGUCUAGUUUUUUUUAUGUUUUUUUUUGUUUUUGUUUAAAAUGUCAUGUAAAUCAAAUGACACGGCGCUUGUCAGACUGUGAAUUGUAUAAAAAAAACUAAAACCUAAUUAGUAAACGCGUCAUUCGAUUUACAAACUAAUUUUAAAUAAAGGGAUAGACUUGUAAAAAUGUUAUAACGUGUAUUUUUAACCUAUAUAUAGUAAGAUAUUUAUAGAAUUUUAGUCGUUUAAUUAUUUCGAACGACUUGUUAUAAAGAAAAUUGGUGCUUAAAGCUUAAACAAAAUAAGUACGGUACUCGUGUGCCGGUGUGUAUUGUCGACGGUUUGGAGCAUUUGACAUAGCAUGCGUUGUUAUGCUCGAGUUUGGCGCGAAAUCAUUUGUACAUUAAAAAUAAAAUUAUUAUAAAAUUAUAAAA